GAAGAAGAAGAAGAAGAUAAGGAGGGAAGUUCGAACUCGGUAGGUAACUCGAGAAGGAGUACAAGCGAAAGUGAGAGGGAGCACGAGGAGCACAACGAUGCAAGUGUAAGUACAACUAGUCUGUGUCAUUCGGAAGUGAAAUGGAAUUUGAAAUCGAUCUAGUAGAACUGGUAGAACUGGUGCAACUAUUGGGUGUAGAACUAGUAGAAAUGGUACAACUAGGUGUUGUAAAUUUAGUAGAACUGGUACAACUAGGUGGUGUAGAACUAGUAGAACUGGUACAACUAGUUGGUGUAGAACUAGUAGAACUGGUACAACUAGUUGGUGUAUAACUGGUAGAACUCAUGUAAAACUGAUAUUGUUGCAGGAAUCGGAGGAGGAAACAGAAGCGAUGCAACCUUUAGGAAUGCACUUCAAGCCUAGUCAGUACAACAAGAGAAUCAAGCUAUCGACAAGGUGUCAUAUUUUUGAAACCUUGACAACGCUUGAUAAAUUAGAGCAUUCACUGACUAGUUUUGAGAGGGAUUGGUUUGAGAAACAUCCACAAUUCAAGCACAUUUUCCACAUGCCAAGGGACCCAAACCACAAGCUUAUGGGAAUGUGGUUGCUCUUACUUCGAACAGCAGAAAUUGAAAAAAAGAAGGAAGUAUGGUUUGUUGUGAAUGGUGUGCCAAUCCGUUAUGGUCUGAGAGAACACGCGUUGAUAUCUGGAUUAGAUUGUCGGUGCUAUCCACUUAAUUACAAGGAAGCCGACAGUAACGAGUUUCGAAGGAAGUAUUUUUUACGAAAAAAAAAAGGUUAGACUUUAAGAUGUGAAGUAAAAGUUAAAGGUAAUGCAACCAGGUCGUACUCGUCAUAGGUUGAAGAUGGCGGUUCUCUACUGUUUAGGAAGCAUCAUUGUAGGCCAUACAAAAGACUCGGGAGAAAAUGUUGCGGGUAUCGAUGAGUUUGUUGUAAGAGCAGUGGAUGAUCUAAAUUUUUCUGUGCCUUUUCCUUGGGGGAGAUUAUCAUUCGAUAACAUGCUAGAAGAGAUUUCCCAUACAAUGAGGCAUUUUAAAGGGGUCGUGAAGAAAGAGGAUGCGUUAUGGCCUGUUCCAGGUUUCUGUAUUCCAUUGGAGUUUUUACUAUUUGAGGCAGUUCCAAUUUUGGGGAACACUUACAUUGACGAAAUUCCUGAGGCGGAUGAAAGUUGUCCUAGGAUGUGCAGGAGGAAAUUUAAGAAAGGUUUUCCUCUAAAGGAUUUAGGUGAUACACUUGGUACAACAACGGCAAUAGCUAGUGUGAUCCCUCAUAUUGAUGAAGAAAUUCCUCUUCUCAAUUUAAUCAUGGAAUCACUGAGGAAGAUGAUACCCAUGAUGUCGUAGUUGCCAGUUGGAUGUGUCGCCUUCGUAGAGGACUACCUGUACU